AUGGCCACUGAUCCUGAGAACGAAUACACAACGCAAGCAUGGCUCACGAUUUUCGGGGCAUUCACAUGUCUUUUCUGCACAGUCGGGUUUCUAAACUCAUUUGGCGUUUUCCAAGCUUACUACGCGACAACUUUACUGGUCCAUGAAUCUGAAUCGACUAUUGGAUGGCUUGGAGCUAUGGCUAUUUUCUUCCUUUUCUCGAUCUCCAUGUUUUCUGGUGGAAUGCUGGAUAUCUUUGGACCCAAGCUCCUAAUAUGGACGGGGUCGGUUGGUACAGUUUUCGCGGUGAUGAUGACCUCGCUCUGCAAAGAAUUCUAUCAGUUCGUGCUAGCACAGGGCAUUCUUCUCGGGAUCUCCAUGGCUCUGGCUACAUGGCCUGCACUUGCGCUUGUUGGACAAUAUAUUAAGAAGAAGCGCGCGGCUGCGAUGGGGAUUGUCCUUGCUGGGUCCUCGCUUGGUGGCAUCAUCUGGCCCGUUGCGAUCGAUCAGUUACUCAAAAGACCGAACAUUGGAUUUCCCUGGACGAUGCGCAUUGUUGGUUUCAUCAUGAUUCCACUGUUCUUGUUCUCCUGUGUUUUCUGCAAAUCACCUCCGAAGGUCCAUGUUUCCUUGGAUGUUGAUCCGGAGAAAGAGACCGAUCGACCUGCUCCAGAAAAGAAAGUUGAUCACAAAAAGGAGGCGAUUGCACUCUUCCGACAGCCUUCAAUGCAGCUGCUGUGCCUUGCGAUGUUCAUAACAUACUUUGGCAUGUUUGCGCCGUUCUUUUACACAACUUCCUACGCUGUUGAAAAGGGAUUCUCAACAACCCUGGCAUUCUAUACUGUGUCGAUUGUCAACGGAGCCUCGUUUCCCGGUCGCAUUCUUCCAGGAAUUCUGGCUGAUAGAAUUGGCCGAUUCAAUUGUAUAAUCAUCUCAACCUUUUCAGCGGCUUUGAUAGCACUGUGUUGGACGAGUGUGGAUUCAACUGCUGGCUUGGUGAUUUGGUGCGCUGCUUACGGUUUUGCAUCGGGGGGUAUUCUUUCAUUACAACAAGCCUGUGCCGCUCAGGUGGCUACGCCUUCUACAUUCGGUCUCGCAAUUGGUGGCGUGGCUGGAUCCACUGCUUUUUCGUAA